ACUAGUAUCCAAAGCCAAUAAAAGCCGACUGAAAGCGUGGGAUCGUGUGUGAGGUCCUGGGGAGGUUGAUUUUCUGGCGUGUUUUUAGCGUUUUAGCCCAUAUGUUGAGUGAGCAUGAGUGUAGUGCGGCAUUUCUCAAGGAUCUCCAAUAGCGUGGGUAGGAUUGCAGAAAAGUACAAAGGCGGAAGGCUAGAAAAAUUUUCACUGUAUUGGAAAAGCUUGGGAGAAGAUUACAAUGCGGCAGUUAAAGACAUUAUUGACGACGCCAAGAAACGACCAAUGAAAGCUGCUUUUCUCAUGUCUGGUCUUGCCUUGCUUGGAUAUGCGGUGAAAAGCAACCCAAACGAGCAUUCUUUCAUGAACCAAGUAGCUACCGCUUCCAACGACUUACUGCUUCUGAGUGACAAUAACCGAAACCCAAAGUCCGAUACGCACAUUCGACAUCUUGAGUGGUGCAUCAACAAGAAGCUUCUGCGGACAUCCAACUUAAUAGUGGCGACGGUCAUAUGGGAAGCAGACUACGACUCAGAGUGUGACACUUUUGCUGCACACUGUUCUUAUCUUCAGCCGCGUUAUCUUACUUUUCACGAAAGGGUGCUGGACAUUGGAAUCAUGGGUUUCUGGCUCAACUUGAUGAGCAAGAUGAGAGAUUUUGAUGUGAAUCAGUCUGAGUGGGAAGGAAAAUGAUGGCACGUUACAUGGUGGGACAACAAAGAGGCUAAACUAUGUAGAUUUAGAUUGUGUAAGUAGCAAAGUGAUUGACUGCCACGGAGGCAGUGGUAGGAAUAAAUUCUUCUAACUCUCAA